UGUUACUUGUUCUCUUUGCCUGACCUAGCUAUGAGGACCGAGAGGGUAAGAAUCAUUUUCAUUUUGUUUGCUGCCGUGUUUUAGUUUGUAGUAGGCAAUAUUUGGUAGUAUUUGUUGUCAGAAUAAAAGGGUAUGGCUGAGACUGGUGGAACUCACCUUUAAACCUAGCGAUCUAGAGGUAGAGGCAGAGGCAAGUAAAUUCCUGUGGGCUCCAGGCUAGCCAGGAGGAUGUAGCGAAACCCUAUGUAAAAAAAGAAGAAAGACCAAAUGGAUGUGUUUGACAGUUUGUUUGGCAAGUGUGCUGUUGGAUGAGUGUGUCUUGUGUUAUGUCGGGGAUUGCCAUGCUUUAUGUUGUGCCCACCACACGCCUCUUCCCACAGGUGCCUGCCAGGCUGGGUGGGUGAGCGGUGCCAGCUGGAAGAUCCUUGCCACUCAGGCCCCUGUGCUGGGCGCGGUGUCUGCCAGAGUUCGGUGGUGGCGGGCACUGCCCGGUUCUCCUGUCGGUGUCCCCGUGGCUUCCGAGGCCCAGACUGCUCCCUGCCAGACCCCUGCCUCAGCAGCCCUUGUGCUCAUGGUGCCCGCUGCUCAGUGGGGUCGGACGGCCGCUUCGUCUGUUCCUGUCCACCUGGUUACCAGGGUCGCAGCUGCCGGAGUGACAUAGAUGAGUGCCGAGCGGGUGGGCCCUGCCGCCACGGCGGUACCUGCCUCAACACUCCUGGCUCCUUCCGCUGCCAGUGCCCACUUGGCUACACAGGGCUGCUGUGUGAGAACCCUGUGGUGCCCUGUGCCCCUUCCCCAUGUCGGAAUGGUGGCACCUGUAGGCAGAGUAGUGAUACCACCUAUGACUGUGCUUGCCUUCCUGGCUUCGAGGGCCAGAACUGCGAAGUCAACGUGGAUGACUGUCCUGGACAUCGGUGCCUCAAUGGGGGAACGUGCGUGGACGGUGUCAACACUUACAACUGCCAGUGCCCUCCGGAGUGGACAGGCCAGUUCUGCACAGAGGACGUGGAUGAGUGUCAGCUGCAGCCCAAUGCCUGCCACAAUGGGGGCACCUGCUUCAACCUGCUGGGUGGCCACAGCUGUGUGUGUGUCAACGGCUGGACGGGCGAGAGCUGCAGUCAGAACAUCGAUGACUGUGCCACAGCCGUGUGCUUCCACGGGGCUACCUGCCAUGAUCGUGUAGCCUCUUUCUACUGCGCCUGCCCCAUGGGCAAGACAGGCCUCUUGUGUCAUCUGGAUGAUGCCUGUGUCAGCAAUCCCUGCCAUGAGGAUGCUAUCUGUGACACAAACCCUGUGAGUGGGCGGGCCAUCUGCACCUGUCCACCCGGCUUCACCGGAGGGGCGUGUGACCAGGAUGUGGACGAGUGCUCCAUUGGUGCCAACCCCUGCGAACAUUUGGGUCGGUGUGUGAACACACAGGGCUCAUUCCUGUGUCAGUGUGGCCGUGGCUACACUGGACCGCGAUGUGAGACGGAUGUCAAUGAGUGUCUGUCUGGGCCCUGUCGCAACCAGGCCACAUGUCUUGACCGGAUUGGCCAGUUCACCUGCAUCUGCAUGGCAGGCUUCACGGGGACCUACUGUGAGGUGGACAUCGAUGAAUGUCAGAGCAGCCCGUGUGUCAAUGGUGGUGUCUGCAAGGAUCGAGUCAAUGGCUUCAGCUGCACCUGCCCCUCAGGAUUCAGUGGGUCCAUGUGUCAGCUGGACGUGGAUGAGUGUGCGAGCACUCCCUGCCGGAAUGGUGCCAAGUGUGUGGACCAGCCCGAUGGCUAUGAGUGUCGCUGUGCAGAGGGAUUUGAGGGCACUCUCUGUGAGCGAAAUGUGGACGACUGCUCUCCGGACCCCUGCCACCAUGGGCGCUGUGUCGAUGGCAUUGCUAGCUUCUCAUGUGCGUGUGCCCCGGGCUACACGGGCACACGCUGCGAGAGCCAGGUGGAUGAGUGCCGCAGCCAGCCCUGCCGCUACGGCGGCAAGUGUCUAGACUUGGUGGACAAAUACCUCUGCCGCUGUCCUCCCGGGACCACAGGUGUGAACUGCGAAGUCAACAUUGAUGAUUGCGCCAGCAACCCCUGUACCUUUGGAGUCUGCCGUGACGGCAUCAACCGCUACGACUGCAUCUGUCAGCCUGGCUUCACAGGGCCCCUCUGUAAUGUGGAGAUCAACGAGUGUGCGUCCAGCCCAUGUGGAGAGGGUGGCUCCUGUGUGGAUGGGGAAAAUGGCUUCCGUUGCCUCUGUCCACCUGGCUCCCUGCCUCCUCUCUGCCUGCCUGCGAAUCAUCCUUGUGCCCACAAGCCCUGCAGCCACGGAGUCUGCCAUGACGCCUCUGGCGGGUUCCGCUGUGUGUGUGAGCCCGGCUGGAGUGGCCCCCGCUGCAGCCAGAGCCUGGCUCCAGAUGCCUGUGAGUCCCAGCCCUGCCAGGCUGGUGGUACCUGCACCAGUGAUGGACUAGGCUUCCACUGCACCUGUCCCCCUGGAUUCCAGGGCCGUCAGUGUGAGGUGCUGUCCCCCUGCACUCCAAGCCUCUGUGAGCAUGGAGGCCACUGUGAGUCUGACCCUGGCCAGCCAACUGUCUGUUCCUGUCCCCCCGGCUGGCAAGGCUCACGAUGCCAGCAGGAUGUGGAUGAGUGUGCCAAUGCCUCACCCUGCGGCCCCCAUGGUACCUGCACUAACCUUCCUGGGAGCUUCAGGUGCAUCUGCCAUGGGGGAUACGCUGGCCCUUUCUGUGAUCAGGACAUUGACGACUGUGCCCCCAACCCGUGCCUCAAUGGCGGUUCCUGCCAGGAUGGCGUGGGCUCCUUUUCCUGCUCCUGCCUCACUGGCUUUGCUGGCCCCACCUGUGCUCUGGACGUGGAUGAGUGUCUGAGCAGCCCCUGUGGCCCUGGCACCUGUACUGACCACGUGGCCUCCUUCACCUGUGCCUGUCCACCUGGCUACGGAGGCGUCCACUGUGAGAAUGACCUGCCGGACUGCAGCCCCAGUUCCUGCUUCAAUGGAGGGACCUGUGUGGACGGCGUGAACACUUUCAGCUGUCUAUGUCGCCCGGGCUACAAAGGCACCCACUGCCAAUAUGAGGCUGACCCCUGCCUCUCCCGGCCCUGUCUGCAUGGGGGCAUCUGCAACCCCACUCACCCGGGGUUUCAAUGCACCUGCCGGGAGGGCUUCACUGGGAGUCACUGUCAGAAUCUGGUGGACUGGUGCAGCCAGUCACCCUGCCAGAAUGGGGGUCGCUGUGUCCAGGCUGGGGCCUACUGCAUUUGUCCCCCUGGAUGGAGUGGCCGCCUGUGUGAUAUACAGAAUCUACCCUGCAAGGAGGCUGCAGCCCAGAUGGGGGUGCCGUCGGAGCAACUGUGUCAGGCAGGUGGACAGUGUGUAGACAAGGACCACUCCCACUACUGUGUGUGUCCAGAGGGCCGCACCGGUAGUCACUGUGAACAGGAAGUGGACCCCUGCACAGCCCAGCCCUGCCACCACGGGGGCACCUGCCGUGGUUACAUGGGGGGCUAUGUGUGCGAGUGUCCUGCUGGCUAUUCUGGUGACAGCUGUGAGGACGAUGUGGAUGAGUGUGCCUCCCAGCCCUGCCAGCAUGGAGGCUCCUGUAUUGACCUUGUGGCCCGAUAUCUCUGUUCCUGUCCCCCUGGCACACUCGGAGUGCUCUGUGAGAUCAAUGAGGAUGACUGUGGCCCAGGCCCAUCCUUGGACUCGGGCCUCCGGUGCCUACACAAUGGUACCUGUGUGGACCUGGUGGGUGGCUUCCGCUGUAACUGUCCCCCGGGAUACACGGGUCUGCACUGUGAGGCAGACAUCAAUGAGUGUCGCCCAGGUGCCUGCCACGCAGCACACACCCGGGACUGCCUACAAGAUCCAGGUGGGCACUUCCGCUGCCUCUGCCAUCCCGGCUUCACAGGGCCUCGAUGUCAGACUGCCCUGUCCCCUUGUGAGUCCCAGCCAUGUCAGCAUGGAGGCCAGUGCCGCCCCAGCUCAGGCCCUGGAGGUGGGCUGACCUUCACCUGUCACUGUGUCCAGCCGUUCUGGGGUCUGCGUUGUGAGAGGGUGGCGCGUUCCUGCCGAGAGCUGAAGUGCCCGGUGGGUAUCCCAUGCCAGCAGACCGCUCGCGGGCCGCGCUGCGCUUGUCCUCCCGGGCUGUCCGGGCCCUUCUGCCGGGUCUCUAGGGUGUCACCCUCAGGAGCUACUAACGCCAGCUGCGCAGCUGCCCCGUGUCUGCAUGGGGGCUCAUGCCUGCCUGUCCAGAUCGUCCCUUUCUUCCGCUGUGUAUGCGCGCCGGGCUGGGCUGGCCCGCGUUGCGAGACCCCUUCCACAGCCCCUGAGGUCCCCGAGGAGCCACGGUGCCCGAGAGCCGCCUGUCAGGCCAAGAGAGGGGACCAGAACUGCGAUCGCGAAUGCAACAGCCCGGGCUGUGGCUGGGACGGCGGCGACUGCUCGCUGAACGUGGACGACCCCUGGCGGCAGUGUGAGGCGCUGCAGUGCUGGCGCCUCUUCAACAACAGUCGUUGUGACCCAGCCUGCAGCUCUCCAGCCUGCCUCUAUGACAACUUUGACUGCUACGCUGGUGGCCGUGAACGCACCUGCAACCCGGUGUAUGAGAAGUACUGCGCCGACCACUUUGCAGAUGGCCGCUGUGACCAGGGCUGCAACACUGAGGAGUGUGGCUGGGAUGGGCUGGACUGUGCCAGCGAGGUCCCGGCCCUUCUGGCCCGAGGGGUUCUGGUCCUCACGGUUCUUCUGCCCCCUGAAGAGCUGCUGCGUUCCAGCGCCGAUUUCCUGCAGCGACUCAGCGCUAUCCUGCGUACCUCGCUGCGCUUCCGCCUGGAUGCGCGGGGCCAGGCCAUGGUCUUCCCCUACCACCGGCCGAGUCCUGGCUCUGAAUCCCGGGUCCGGCGUGAGCUGGGUCCCGAGGUGAUCGGGUGAGUGACUAUGGCCCAAGGCUGGCAUCGCCUGUGACUGAAACCCCACCUGGUUGGUCCUGCUCUGCUCCUUGGCUGAGGGCUCACCCACUGCUUCCUUCUUACAGGAGAGCCGCUCGAGCCUCCGGAGCAGAGUGUGCCCCUGCUGCCGCUGCUGGUGGCAGGGGCCGUCUUUCUGCUGGUCAUCUUCAUCCUGGGUGUCAUGGUGGCCAGGCGCAAGCGUGAACACAGCACCCUCUGGUUCCCUGAGGGGUUCGCACUACACAAGGACAUAGCAACUGGCCACAAGGGCCGGAGGGAGCCCGUGGGACAAGAUGCAUUGGGCAUGAAGAGCAUGGCCAAAAGCGAGAGUCUGAUGGGGGAGAUGGCCACUGACUGGAUGGACUCAGAGUGCCCAGAGGCCAAGAGACUGAAGGUAGAAGAGCCAAGCAUGGGGGCUGAGGAGCCUGUGGAUUGUCGCCAAUGGACCCAACACCACCUGGUUGCCGCUGAUAUCCGUGUGGCACCGGCCAUGGCACUGACUCCACCCCAGGGUGACGCAGAUGCUGAUGGCAUGGAUGUCAACGUACGUGGCCCCGAUGGCUUCACCCCACUUAUGCUGGCCUCCUUCUGCGGGGGAGCCCUGGAGCCGAUGCCGGCUGAGGAGGAUGAGGCGGAUGACACAUCAGCCAGCAUCAUAUCAGACCUGAUCUGCCAGGGGGCCCAGCUCGGAGCACGAACUGACCGCACUGGCGAGACCGCCCUGCAUUUGGCUGCCCGCUAUGCGCGCGCGGAUGCAGCCAAGCGGCUGCUGGACGCUGGGGCGGACACCAACGCCCAGGACCAUUCGGGCCGCACCCCUCUGCACACAGCGGUGACAGCGGAUGCCCAGGGUGUUUUCCAGAUUCUCAUCAGGAACCGCUCCACUGACCUGGAUGCCCGCAUGGCAGAUGGCUCUACGGCACUGAUCUUGGCGGCCCGCCUGGCGGUGGAGGGCAUGGUGGAAGAGCUCAUUGCCAGCCACGCCGAUGUCAAUGCUGUGGACGAGCUGGGGAAAUCAGCCCUCCACUGGGCUGCGGCCGUGAACAACGUGGAGGCCACCUUGGCUCUGCUGAAAAAUGGAGCCAACAAGGACAUGCAGGACAGCAAGGAGGAGACUCCACUGUUCUUGGCUGCUCGUGAGGGCAGCUUCGAGGCUGCCAAGCUGCUGCUGGACCAUUUUGCCAACCGGGAGAUCACAGAUCACCUGGACAGGCUGCCCCGGGAUGUGGCCCAGGAGCGGCUGCAUCAGGACAUUGUGCGGUUGCUGGACCAGCCCAGUGGCCCCCGCAGUCCCCCCGGCCCCCAUGGCUUGGGGCCCCUGCUCUGCCCACCAGGAGCCUUCCUUCCUGGGCUCAAGGCAGUGCAGUCUGGGACCAAGAAGAGCAGGAGGCAGCCUGGCAAGACCGGGCUGGGGCCACAGGGAACCCGGGGUCGCGGCAAGAAGCUGACACUGGCCUGCCCAGGCCCCCUGGCAGACAGCUCUGUCACACUGUCGCCUGUGGACUCGCUGGACUCCCCAAGGCCUUUCGGUGGGCCCCCUGCUUCCCCUGGAGGCUUCCCCCUGGAGGGUCCCUAUGCCACCACGGCAACUGCGGUGUCCUUGGCACAGCUUGGUGCAAGUCGGGCCGGCCCUUUGGGGCGCCAGCCUCCCGGGGGCUGCGUGCUCAGCCUGGGUCUCCUCAACCCUGUGGCUGUCCCCCUCGACUGGGCCCGGCUACCUCCACCUGCCCCACCAGGAACCUCAUUCCUGUUGCCCCUGGCUCCGGGACCCCAGCUACUCAACUCGGGAACCCCAGUUUCUCCCCAGGAGCGGCCGCCACCCUACCUGGCUGCUCCAGGACACGGAGAGGAAUACCCUGCAGCGGGGACCCGCAGCAGCCCCACAAAAGCCCGCUUCCUGCGGGUUCCCAGCGAGCAUCCUUAUUUGACCCCAUCUCCCGAAUCCCCAGAGCACUGGGCCAGCCCAUCCCCUCCCUCCCUCUCAGACUGGUCCGACUCUACGCCUAGCCCAGCGGCUACCGCUGGUGCCACAGCGGCUGGAGCCCUGCCGGCUCAGCCACACCCCAUGUCUGUUCCCUCCCUCCCUCAGGCCCAGACACAGCUGGGGCCCCAGCCAGAAGUCCCCCCCAAGAGGCAGGUGAUGGCCUAAGUUCUUGGAUCUUUGGGGGGGGGGCGGUGUUGAAGUUGCACCCCUCCCUGGCUUCUCUCUCUCUCCCUUUUAAUUUUAUUUUCAUCCCUUUCUCUGUACCAGCCUUUCUGCACCUCUCUGUCUUAUAGUGUGACCAAGCUGGUCACCAGCCCAGACCCCCAGUCUUCCUUUAUUUAUAAUGGGUAGGGGCUGACUUCCCACCAUCUCGGCCCUCUAAGGUAAGGGGUCUGGGACUUCUUAACCCCUCACCCUGCCUCCACUCCCCGUCUUCCUUUUUUUUU